AUGGCCAGGGAUAAAAAAAAAUCAACAGUACUUCGUGCAAAUCUAUCAUCUCAGUUAAAAUUGCAUUUCGAAACCGCAGUGUCACUUGGUAUUGGACAAUUAGAUGAGUGUUAUGAUUCUGUAUAUAAGUCUUUUAGCGAACGACUGGCACUCUACACUUCAGAUUGUAUAGUAUCAUUAUCCAAAUCUUUAAAUUUGCCUAUAAGUUAUACAGCUACUGCCCUUGGAUAUUUUCAGUUAUAUAAAAGUAUCCCAGAAUCUUCAUGGGACAAACAUGCUACAUCUGUUUAUAAGAAAUUUAACGGCCAAAUCGGCAAUGUCUUGGGAUCUAAUAUUUUGGCAGCCACUUGUAUACUAUUGGCAUGGAAAUACAGAGAAGACGAGUCUAGUAAUCCCAAGUGCAUCAAGAAGUUAUUUGAACUUUCAAGUGGUAUAUAUAGAUUAAUAGUAUCAUCGGAUAAUAAGGAUUCUGCUAAUAUUUCGGCAUCUAGAUGGAUAUUAGACACAGGAGGAUCGGAACUUAAGAGGUUAAAGAACCUAAUUUCAAUUUGUGAAAAUAAUCUGCUGCACUCACUGAACUAUAACGUUGGACCAAUAGUCAUGCCUUUUUCGCUAAUCAAUGGAUUUUGCAACAGAUUCGUGGUAGAGAUUGAACAAAUUGCUACUAAAGAAGAAAUUGAUAUACUACACAAAAAAUUUAAACCCACCGUAAGCUUAGUACUGUUGGAUUGCUGUAAAACUUCGAUGUAUAUCGAUUUCACCGGUAAAGAACUGGUUUUGGCUUGUAUUUUAAAGACUCUGGCUAUUUUUAACAUUCCAAAUCUGGAAGUGAUAACUUCCAAUCUGGAUGAUCAAAAAAUGCUGCAGGAGUGGAAUCAAAUGGUUAAACAAUUUGUCAGUACUUGCAAUCAGUUUUCAAGCAACAGUGAUAGUACUGGAGGAAAUGAUUGCGAGAUUGUGUGUAAGAGACUUGGCCUAGCAUUAUCACAAAUGAGAUAUUUCAAACAAGUGUCAAUUUGA